UAGGUACGUCGAUAUCCGCGUUUUACGGAACCGAUAAAUGUGCUAAAAUUCUGUGCCACGUUUUUUGAACUUCGCAUUUAGAGAGAUAAAAUGAGUGAAGAGAUAAAUUAUGCACAAGCUAUUGAAAGCUUAUAUGAAAAAUUAAACACUAUGGAGAAUACAAUAAACAAUUUAGUUAACGCUUUGAAACCUUCAUCAAGUUCCUCAAUGAUUGUCCCAGCUACAACUACAGCUGUAUCUCCAAAUUCCAAGACUGUUGUUGCUUCAACUUUUAACAUAGCAGGCUCUUCAGUUGACAAUUCUGUGGUUAAAUCUGCAGAAAGCACAGGGUCUUCAGUUGUCAAUUCUGUGGUUACCUCAACAUCAAGCACAGCUAGAUCCCAAGAUACCCAAACUGUGGUUGCUUCAGCAUCAAACAUAGUGAGCGUAAGUGAUGGAACAGCCUCAUCAGACAACAGUGAACUAACACAUGAACGGUACAUGGAAUAUAGAAGGCAGCACCCGGGCUCCUACUCACAUUAUUCCUAUCUUGUGUGGGUGGAGCAUGGAGGUCACGAUCGGCAAGACUAUUAUUGGAACCGUGAUUCUCCAUACCGGAGUGCUGCCUACAGAAGUAGGAGACGAGGUGGCCGUGGAAAACGGGGGAAUGUGUUUCAAAAUUUGUACCACAGUUGUUCUAAGUGGCAAACAGGUACCGUUAUUGUAAGUGUCUGAGUGAGCGGUAAGAAU